CAAUCAUUCUAUACAGCUACUCCAUUCUUUACCAUUUGCCAUGUUCCACUUGCUGCUUGUUACACACUAAUUGAUUGUCUCCGUAUCUUUUUAUACUGCAAAAUAUCUUCAAUUGCAACCUCCCCCACUCAUCCAUUGAGCGCUACCCCAACACUGCAACAUGACAGACUCUCCGCCUCCUCCCUUGCAGCAACCUGCCUCCAACACUACUGUCUUUCUCGAUCAACCUCCCAGCUGCCUGCAAUUCUGCCCCGCAAUCCCCGACUGCUGCAUCAUCGGUACCUACUUGCUGUCCGAACAGAAAGACGAAGCAAAUGACUCCGACAUCAAACAGACCAAGACUGGCUCUCUGCAGCUCUGGCGCAUAAACCCAUCCACCAACGAGCUCACUUUGCUCUCCAAACUUCCUCUUCCCUACGCAGUCUUCGACCUCCACUUCCACCCACGCGAUCCCUCCCUCCUCUCCAUCGCAACAAGCGCAGGCUCUGUCGCCUUCUUCCGCCUCACGCCUGGCCAAAAUGCUGAUCAACCACCCACCCUAACCCAUCUGCUCACACAUUCCGUCCACGAAGACCCCUCCAUCCCCGCCCUCUUUCUCGCCUGGACGCCCUCGACCUGGCCAUCCCCCACCCCCAGCACCAAUGCUGACACCACCCCCCUCGACGCCUUCGCCGUCACCUUCUCCGACAGCCUCACCACCAUCUUCCAAUAUACCCCCGGCCCGACCCCGGACUCACCACCCCAGAUCGCGGAACUCGAUUCCUUCCCAGCCUCGCAGGCCAUCGAAGUCUGGUUCGCCGCGCUCGCGACCUUUCCCGACCAGCAGCAGCAGAAAAUCCCCUACAUCUUCACCGGAAACGACUUCGGCGCCCUCCACACCCGCCGCUACGACACCAACCCCACAACCACAUCAGAGACGGACGACAGUCAGCCCCAACCCCUCGCCGCGCUGCUCGACCACCACGACCGCGCCCGCCACCACACCGCGGGCGUCACCUCCAUCCUCCCCUUGCCCAUUCCACUCCGAGACGACAGCCCCAUCAUUCUCACGGGGAGCUACGACGAGUCCCUGCGAGUGUACCACGCCACUCGACGCGGGGAGGUUCUCGCGGAGAUAGGGUUGGGCGGGGGCGUGUGGCGGCUGCAGCUUCUGUCGUCGUCGUCGUCUACGUCACAGUCUGUGGAUGGAGACGAGGUAGACGAGGGAUGGACCGGGCUGGUGUUGGCGAGCUGUAUGCACGGCGGGACGCGGGUGGUGCGGGUGCGGUGCCCCUCCGCGGAGUCCGGGUGGGAGUUGGAGAUUCUGGCAGAGUUCACGGAGCAUGAGAGUAUGAACUAUGCGUCUGAUGUGUGGAAGCCGGCGGGCGGGUAUGAGCUACCUGUGCGCAGCAGCGAUAUGCCGGAAACGCAGGAGAUCCUCUGUUUGUCGAGUAGCUUCUAUGAUCGGCGGGUCUGUUUGUGGCGGGUUCGGGUGUAGAUAGAUAUAAAUAGAUAAAUCAUAAUAUAGUGAAU